GACCGGGUACGGCGGGGCUGGUGCCCGAGCUCUGCCUGCAGCUGGGCACUGAUGUGGGCUGUGCAGACCCCGGCCCCCGAUCCCUCCCCUUCCAGUCACAGUACCGAGUCCGCCUCCCCGGCCCCGGCCCCGGCCCCGCCCGACAGCCUCCUCACGCCCUCCAGCCUGUGCAGCAGCCUUAGCUCCGGCUCGCUCCCGCCCGACAGCCUCCAAACCUUCCCCGGCCUCGGCAGCGGCCGCGAGUCGCCCAGCAUCCAGUGUGACAGCCUCGAGUGUCCCGGGUGCCGCUGCAGGAGCCUGGGCUCGGUCAGCCUCUGCGAGGACAGCCUGCAGACCCGGCUCGCGGUGUGUAAUGGUCCUGGGUGCUUCGGGGCGCACCGCUGCAGCCCUCGGGCGCCCCGCGACCUCAGUGACAGCCUGGAGUCCUUCGGCGCCCAGCACGACAGCCUGCAGUCUGUGCCCAGCCUGCGCGAGAGCCUCCGGUCCUCCAGCGUCGCAGGUGACAGUCUUGAAUCUCUUUCCAGCCUGAGCAACGGGUCCACCAGCCUCGAGUUCACCAGCCAGUGAGCCUGCCUUCGGAGGUUCCCCACACGACGCUUUGGGCUCUGCUUUGCCCCCAGCUGCUGUGAGAGCUGCCAGUUUUCUGCCCUUCUUUGCGGAAGGCUAUGUUGUUCGUGCUUACUCUCGUCUAUCCAGGGCAAUAACCUCAAAUCCUCGCUGUCCGUGGCUGUCUUUCCCAAGUUACAUCAGAGAGGCAGUGCUCAGCACCGGGAGUGUUAACGUCAGCUCUGCCAUCGGUGAAGAAUGGAGGUGCGUGGUCCUCGGAGGAAUCCCACCUACCUGUCUGACCUCUAUGAGAACAUGCUGCGGGCUCAAGGGGCACCAGGACGAGGACAGCAGCAGCCCCAGGUGGUACAUCCGAGUAGCAACCCAUGCCUUGUGGGCCAUACCCCAGUCAGAGUGGUGGCUCAGCCAUGUCAGCCUCAGGGCAGCACUUCCAGUAGCUGUGAUCCAGCACUGCGGCCUAUCAUUCGCCGCCGAGCGAGGUCUUUGCCUACGACGCCCGAAAGAAGGAAGCGAGUGCAGUGUCAAGCUCCUAUGUGCCAGAGCCGUAUGAACAAGGUGAGAUUUGCUGAUGCUCUGGGCUUGGAGCUGACUGAAGUGAAAGUCUUCCAGACUGGGGAGGACCCAUCGAUCCCCCUACAUGUCCUUUCCAGGCUCUCCAUAAAUUCAGACCUCUGGUACAGCAACUUGGAGUUUACCAUGCAGUGCUUAGUCCCUGACUUCCAGCAGCCUGCAGACUGCAUGGAUUUCUCUGCCCGACUUCAGGAACAGCAAGUGUGUCUUGAACGAGUGACCAGUUCAGAUCUGGGCGUCAGUGGCACCAUCCAAGUUUGCAACAUUGCUUUUGAGAAGCAAGUAUCUGUGCGAUACACCUUCAACCAGUGGAAAAGCCUCCAUGAAGUGUGUGCUCAUUGGCACAGUAGCAUCUCUGAGAAAAAUGGGCAGGGUCAGGUUGAUGUUUUCACUUUUUUUCUUCCUGUGCCUUCUUUCCUCCUUCAGCUGUGCUCUGUAGUGCAGUUUGCAGCAAGGUAUCAAGUCAACGGGCAGGAGUAUUGGGAUAACAACAAAGGCAAAAACUACAGCCUCACUUGCCGGACUCAUCCCCUCAAGAUGCCUAGAGAAUGCGAGGAGAGCUGGAUCCACUUCAUCUGAAUGAAGGAAAGUGGACGCAGAACAGCUUUGCAGUAGUCUCAGCAGCCCUCUCUUGCAUGGCAUGGCUCUGUGCUCCUUUUUGAAGCCUACCAAACCUGGCAGUGUUUCACGACAGGCAAGUAGCCAGCAACCCGGACGUACUGUUCUAAACCUCCCAAAGUAUAAAGGGCCAAAAUGUGUAGAGUUACAUCUGCUGAAAGCCUGGAUGGUUUCUGGUAGUGUAUGAAUCAGUGGAGAAUGGUUCAAAGGGAUGCUGUCAGACUAUUUAGCAGAGAUCAAGAGAAGACACUUUAUGUUGCUAGUAAUAUUCUUGAUUGCAUAGAGUAUUUCUAACAGAUCUAUUUUACUAUUUUGUACGGUCUGUUUUUUAAAUGGGCAGCGUAGCUUUACUGUUUUCCUUUCUAAUUUUGUUUGUAUUAUCACACCGAGUCUGGGCACUGUUCCAGUUACACACAGUUUGCAUGGCAGACACUGUAGGGAAGCACUUACACAUCUAUAUAUACAUAUAAUUUUUCUAAAGACUGUUACUCUGUUAAGUAUUUCCAUUACUUUUGGGAUUGGAAAGUAAAGGAAUGUUAUUAUGAGCAAAACCUGCAUGAAAAUUUCCCAUCAGCCCCUCUGUUUGCCUUUUUAUUUUUUUUAUUUUUUUAUUUUUAAAGUGCCUUAUCUCCACUGUUUGCUGCAGGCAGGAGGAGUGAUUGUUACCAGAGUUCAUGAAGGCACUCUGGUGCUUCGAGGGGAAGCUCUCAUCUUGUUCACCUGACGUAGCAGUAGGCUUUUCCUCCAGGUGGUGGUACAGGAACUGUCCUUGUGCAGCUGCAUUUACUAAGGAAAACUAGAGAAAUUUUGCACUUGAAUUGCACUUAUGCUCUUACACUCACACUUGAAAUAGUUGAAUUUAUAAAUCAAGCAGAUAUGAGAGAGAAAAGACAAUACAUUGAGCUUCUUAUGGAUCCUUGGAGUAGAAUGCUAGAGCCCUGAGUCCUGGCUCCCUGUUUCCCUGAUCCCACUGCCAUUGCAGUAGUACUUUUUGAAUCCUCUAAUCAGCUACUUUUGAUUAUAAACCCGUUGAACUCUAAGACUGCAUCCUUUGCAACUUGAAACAGGAACUUCAAAGCAAAAUGAUGUUUUUAAUGGUAACUUAGUAUUUAAAUGUGUCCUCAGAUUAUCUUCUACAGCAGGGAAAGCAUAGCAACCCAUGUACUGCAUACCUGAUACUUCUUGCUCUGCUACUUUUAUUCUGAGGAAUUGGUGUGGUUUGAGAUUGGCAACAGGCUUGGUGACAGGCUUCAAUCUAGUAAGUAAAAGAUUGUCCAUUUAUUUCUUUGUUUUUUUCCUACAUACUCAUCACUUGCAUGCAGAACUUAUAGCAUAAAUUUUCAAAGCCGUCUGGGUGGAAUUAUUAGAGCUGCUUUCUGGAAGAAUUAUACUAUGAAAAUCAGGCCAUGUAUUCAGACAUCUAGCUUUAGAUUGCUGCUUAUUCAUCAAAAUCACAAGUUAUGUUUAAAAUCACAAUUGUAAUUAACUCAUGGCCAUGCGUGUGUUAAUGCAAAAAGUCCAACAAGUAAUUCUGGAAGUGCAGAAACACCUCGAAAAUUCAAGUGUCUGGCAACUUACUGUUACUAGUUGGGCUAACUAUUUAUCACAGCCAGGAUUUUAAGUGAACAGCCUUCCUCUGGUUCCCUCAGUCUUUGGCUUUCAAAGGAACAACUGAUGAAUGAUGGAUCUUUGAGCUGCUUAGCAUCUCUUUCAGAGUACUGAGAAAACUCAAUUUUAUUGGAAGCCAUUGAGAAUUGACUAUGUUGCCAUACUGUAGAACUAACACUCUGAAAGUUGAUGUGCACUUACGCAUUUGGCAUUUUGUUCUUUCUUUUGAAUUGCAUGUUUAUAGUUUCUUCCGUACCAAUCCAGUGCAAACUGCUUUGAAAUUGAUGUCAAAGAAAAAUGGUGAAUUAGAGUUUACUUUCCAUGUACUAGGGUAUUUAGCCAGCCUCCUGGGUAAUCAAAUUUACUUGCUUGAUUACUGUCUCAGUAGGUAAGAGACUUGUUUAAAAAAAAAAAAAAAAAACUUGAUAGAACGUGCAAAUCAUGUUUGUUUUCAUUCUCUAAUUUGGUCAUUUUUGUCAGCAACUGCUGCUACUCGAGGGGCAGCUAAAAUGCAAUUUUGAUUUCUAGCCUAAGCAAGUGAAAUGUCCACAGGUGACAGAUUUCAUUUAUAUAGCUUACAUAGCUGUCCAGUAUAACAGCAGAAAUGCAAGAUGUACUUUGAAUGGCUUGUUUUCAGCAGGACGCUUGUCAGUACUUGAAUUCAACUGGGGCUGGCAGGGUUUUCCUCUGAAAGCCAACUUCUAAGCCUUCCUACCUUUGGUAAUGAUAGGUUUUUAACUUGUAUGUAUACUGAUCAACUACCAGUGGUUAUCUGCGGGUAGAGAACAGUAAAAAUAAUCAUUUCUUUAUUAGCUUUUUGCAGAAAAGAACUUCAGUUUUCUAUUUAACAGAAAAUGAAUGCCAGAAGUGCUUUAAUUUUGUAUUGGAGCACUGUGAGAUCGAAGUUCAAGCUGAAAUUGUUUUGAACGAGUAACACAACUGCUCCAUUGGGAUAUUUCAUAUCCAUUAAGCCUUCAUAGCCAUUAAGACAGGCAGAACACUUCUGAGAUUGGGGUGAGGCUGGAGAGUGAUUUAUAGCUACACAGAUUAAAAGACUGUGUGCUUUCAGUCCACGUGCAUUAUUUUCUGUAUCUGAGUUAAAGGAGUAACUGCUGAACAAUUGAGCAGCAGCUCUUUUGUCAUAGGGGAAGGGGAACUGAAACUCUGCUCUUCCUCAUACGCCAAAAGAAAAAAAAAAAAGAGCAGCAUAAGACAGGGCACUACUUGUGCCCUGUGCUGGGCUCUGUAUGGCUAAAUGACAUGUGACAAUGUAUGACAUAACACGUCUGAAGUAGUCAACCCAGACGUUCUUUGUAGUCAGUAGCGAUGUCGCUGUAGUUUGCAGGCUGCCUGCAGUGUGACAAACUGUGUCAGCUGCUGCAGGAUGAGUUCUGCCGCAAAGAAAUUCUCAGUGCUGUUCAGAUGGUGCCAGAUGUCAGGUAGGGUGAAACACACCUUCAGUAACUGCAGAAGAAUCUUUCUUGGCAUGAACUGAAAUUCUUAACCUUACUUUGGUGAAACUUGCUUACUUAAGUAAUUCCAUUAAAGUGUAUUGCUUGUUAUUGGACUCCAUUAGAAGUGGAAUUUUGCAUAUUUGUUAGCAAAGUAAAAAGAAAACAGGCAUGUGCCCACACACAUAUGCACAGAAGCACUUGGGCUGAAUAAAAGACAUUAUUUCAAAGUAUUACUCCCUCUUCUCCCCUCCCCUGCACAACUACUGUGUUUCUUUCGUGAACAAAAACAUUGAAUUGUCUCACAGCACACUGUUCAAUUCCUUCUCUUCUGAGUCUGCUACUUCAUACUGUUUUACAAUGGAUGUUGCUGGAGCCCAGUGCGAUACUUGGCUUACUGGUGUUAUUAUGCUGUUGCCAUCUUCUGGGACAGAAUCAUUCAUGCUAGCAAAUGUCAAAAUUUCCUUGUUACUGCAAGGAGCAAGAGAUUAUGGAGAGACCAUCACUUUAAGGUCAUGUACGUCAGAGUGUCAGAGAGGUGAGAUCUCAGUGCCUCAGAUAAGUUUGGCUUGUAUUGUCUUCCUUCUGUAACCUGUCAGGGUAUUUGCAUGGACAAAUGCAACACUUGAAUAUUCAAGUGUUAUUCCAGGUUUGCCUUCUAUCUCUGUGCACGUCUUGCACUGCUGUAGAAGAACAGACAGCAGCUGUUACUAAACCAGUUGCCUGGCUUUGCUGACUGAGUUGAGCAUGCCUACAUUAGGAUGGAACUCGGAGGGAUCUCUAGAUUCCUUCAAUAUAUGAAAAACAUUUUUCUUUAGGGUGCUCCUGAGCUGUUAAAUAUUCACAGAGGUACUGAGUCCUGUCACAUGACAGAUGAAAUUUGUACUUGUUUUUUCCUGUCACAUUCAGUAGUGAACAUCAGAAGGAUUUUAGUUGACAACAACAACAAAAAGGAUUAAGCCAUUAAGUAGUGACAGCAUACACCUAUCGUGAAGGCAAACUAAUGACCACUUCACUAAGUUCUCAGGACAACUCGACUGCCUGCACUGUGUUCAAACUGAGCACUUCCCUUAUAAUGAGGAUUUUGUAAAAGUGAGUUCUUCACAACAGUUAUUGCCAUAAAUGCACUUUCAAAACUUGUAUUUAUUAUAGUAAUCCAGUAAAUUAAUGUCCAGUAAUCCACAGUUUCAAGGUCCUUUCAAGUAUGUUGUUUUAAACAAGCAUGGAAUCCAUGAAAAAGAGAAGGCUGUUUUUUCCUGAUUGUCAUGUCAAGAAAAAAGUACAUUACACAGUAUGUCAAUGAAGUACAUCUACUAGACAAAAUGUCAUGUUGUUUUAGUGGGGAGUUGUAAAACUGUAAAGUGUUUAAUUCAUUUAAGAACAGUAAGAAAACUACGACUAUUUUAAUACAAGAGGUUGCAAUAAAAGCUUUUCACGGUU